CAUGAGUCGUGAUCAGAAUGGCUGUGGCUGGGCAAAUCAAAGGCGCAUCUCUGGGUUUUUAGCAUAAAUAGUUAUAUGAGCCCUGCUUUGGCGUCAUGGGAACUUUUGCUUCCCCCACCCAACCUUCCACCGACCGUGUUCUUUUUUUUCUAAGAAUAGCCGGGCAGAAACUCUCUCUGUUGCCCACUACCGCUGUUCCAACACACUCAUUAAUGAAACACGAUCUCUCUCCUUCAUCAGUUCAAAGCUAAACAUUCUAUUCAUUCGCUUUCGGGCCGGCUCCUUGUCGUGGUGCAGAGCUGGUGCUAUACAUGGACAGCGCUAUACGGGGCGCCGAAAAAUGGUCUUCGUGGUUAGACUGCCCAUAUAGCCUCUCUUAAUGGACCACAUAUUCCCUUCACUGCAUGACGCAGGUCCGCUAAGAGCCACCCCGCGUCUCCAUCAUUCGACAGCGCUGAAAUGCUGUUGUGGGAGUUCACAAUGUGCCUAUCUCCAACAUAACAUUGCUGCGCUGGCGGAUCUGGAAAAAGACGUCGAAACUGCCGCCCAGCUAGGCCAGGCAUUAUUGCAGCGCCAUGAAUCUUACAUGACAGAUGCAGAAGGAGAUCGAAGCAGGUUACUAUUAGAAAUGGAACAUCUCGAGCGGGACAAGCGCCAGGCGCAAGCCGAAAAUGCGCGGAUCAUCGAAGAAAACCGCGAGCUCUUGGAACAACUGGAGGAAAUGAACAAGUUGAUCGUAGAAUCGGAUGCGCAGAUCAAGUCACUCACGGACUCCCUCGAGAGUACACAGCUGCAUGUUAAACAAUUGUCGAUCUCAGCGUCGCGCGUAGCCCAACUCGAAUGGCAGAUUGUUGCGAUGGAGAAGGAACAAGAGGAGUUACAGGCAAAACUUAUCGUCACCAAAGAAGAUGAGAAAUCAGCUAUCCAACGAUGGAGACAAGCCGAAUUCACUUUGCGAGACCUUCAAGACCAGCUCGAGAGGAUAGAAAAGGAGUCGAGAGAGGAACGGGAAAGGAAUGUGGAGCUACUUGCGCGGAUGGAGAGGAGGAGGGCUGUUGAACGAGAAUUGGAUAGCGCUGCGGGUCGACUCAAAGGUGCUGCUGCUGCCUCGUCACUUGGCCAGAAUAAGCCGGGAGUGGUUAGCAACUUCGUGCGCGACAUCUUGCAAGAUAAUGCGAACCUGCAAAUGGGCAUCGUUGAGCUCAGGGAAAUGCUUCAGAACUCAAAUGAGGAGGUGCAGAACCUGCGGGAACAGGUUCUUCUCCAUCAACCACUGACUCCGGAGCGGAAUGAACGACAGCCCCGACAGAAGGCACUUCCGCUUAGUGACGAACUGGAUGCGAAAUUCCCGCCAGUGGCAUCCCAGGAGUUUCACGUCCAUCAUCACUACCACUCGCCUACCCCAGCUGUCUCCCAGCGAAAGGAAAGGGUACAAAUCCCGAUACACCGUCGCCAGAGGAGAAAGAGGCCUAUGAUCUCCUCUCCGCUUCUCGAGUCGCCUCGCAUUUCCUCACGCAUGUCACAAACACCACACCGUCCACAUGGUUCUACUUCGUCAACAUCAACCAUACUCUCCCAAACUUCAGUCUCUAUCCCUCCGCCCUCGAAUGGCCGCAGUUGGUCGUCUCAAGCCUCCGGUUCCGCAGCAGCGGGGUCGCUAUCGUCGUCAAUGCCUAAUUCUCCACAAUCUACAUAUAGAACCUCGUCAAUUUUCGAUCGCGUGGACCAUGGCUUUGAGUCUUCUCGCCCUACUAGCCCAGAGAGUAUUGGUUUUGCGUCUCCAAGUGUUAGGCCAUACCGUCAUCGCAAAGAAUCCUUUGAUAUCCCCUUUCGAUCUAUAUCUGGCCCGGUUAAGUUGCAGGAUACGUCUAUAGCUCUUCCAGGUGAUAAAAUCGAAGAACAAAGCGGUAAAUUUUUCACUGAUGAGAAUAUACCUUAUUGCGAACCUCCCAUCAUGGAAGAGGCAGAAAACUCACCAACUCAGGAAACGAUCAAUGAAGAACCAAUACAACCUCAACCUUCAAUUUGUCCUCACAAAUCUGAGCUUGCGCAUGAACCUGAACCUGAACUCUCCUCGCAGCUACAAUAUCACAAAGUGAAACGCGCGUCCUCUCAUGACAGUCUCCUCUCCAUUUCUGGAAUGGAUAUCCAUACGCUUCGCUCCUACCCAUCCCAAAUUCUUAGUCACUAUUUAGCAUUCCCUAUUAGAACACCCAGCCGUAUAACAUCCGCCGGCACGGAAGUUUCCUUCACGCCGCCCGUAAUCUCACGAACGAACGUCAUAGUCCCUACUGUGUCCCUUAGCAAUGGGGGUAAAGGCUCCGACUCACGCUCCCUGCUCUCCUCAGUCGCCGCUGCAUCUGCAGCGGACCCGAACGCAACCCCAACCCAAACGCCACCAGGCUCCCUACCCAGCAACUCAUCUCCUCUUCACCAUCCGGACGAUGUCCUCGCAUCUCGUCAGACAGCCAGUUUCAGUAAGCGGGUCGGCGGCUGGGUUCUUGGCAGAUGGGGUAUGACACCGAUAGCAUCAGCGAGGGACUCGCGUUCACCCAUAUCCUCACGCCGUUCGUCGUUGGCAUCCUCGGCUCGGCCACCAGCGCCUCCACCCAUCUCUCCUGCGUCAUCUGUAUACGCCUCAUCUGUCUCCUCUUCAACACCGGCCUCAACAACACUUGGCAGACCAGCCGGGGUGAACCAAAAAGGUCCUAUCCCGGGGCUCCGCCCACCAGCAAAGGCACCUACGGCAGUACAACCCAAGGCAAUUGACGAGGAGUCACUACAGGAGAGCUUGCUUGAGUAUCCUUGAUUCCAGUGGCUAUGGUAUCAUCUUCGAUCGUUUGAUAUGCGUCUUUCUAAUUUCUUUUCUUCCCUUUACUUUUCCUGUUUUUACCAUUUUAUACCUGCGUUUGAUACCCAAUAUGUUCAUUUCUCUCCGUCUUAUUAUUUCUUCAGAUAUGUCGUCUCAUUUCAUAAUUCUAUAAAGCUUCAUCUUAUAUACACGCUGUUUCACUCCCUGCCUGUUCCAUCACACUAUCCCCACAGCAACAUCCUGUCUACUAUUAGGAAUUUUCCUUCGUAUGAGCUAUCAUUAAGUCAACCACAUUUCCUACUCUCCUAUCACUAUCACUAUGUAUCGUGUCGGACUUAAUUAAUUUAUUUUCUUUUUAUUUUCUUUCCUCUUGGACGAACGCCCCGGUUUAUUAACAACGGCAGCUUCAUAUGCAUUGGAAACACUGGCGCCUUCUUUUUCUUUUUCAUUAAUUCAUUAAUCUCUUUCGUCUUCCCUUUUUUGGUCUUCUCUGCUAUCAUAUAACAUGAUGCAGCCCCUCCAGCAUGAUUCUCACACAUGUCUAUAUCACAGUACAUAACUACAUGUUUCAGCUCACAUUACUCAUUUUUUCUCUAGAGACUAUAUAUAAAUAUAAUUUACCAAUUCCCACCAUACAAACAAACCCUCUGCUGUAUGUACCAAACGUGAGAUUCCAAAGUAUUAAACACGCUUGAUAGGAGCCUCCAGUUUCCCACCCCCUGUAUAACCUCGAUUUCUUAAAAUGACAUAAUGGGAUCAACACCGG